AUGUCGUCUUCUACGCGCUACGCCUACCCCUUUGCCGCCUCUCCCGACAUCAUUCGCUCGCACCAGAAAGACGCCUACUUCUCCGGCGUGCUUCUCGAUCAGCUCUCGACGCUGUUGCGCAAGCUCUAUGGCGCGCGCACGUCGCAUACGUAUGCGUCCGAGACGCGUGUAGCCGGAGAAGUCCUUUACCUCGGUCUGACGACGCUGAUAGGGAACCGGACCCUGGGCGAGGAAUACACAGACAUUGUCCAGGUGGAAAGCGAAAGCGGACGCCUGCCGGCGCUGGGCCGCAGAGCUGGAUACAUACUCGGCUGCAUCUUGGGGCCAUAUGUGCUCGGGAGGGCAUUGCCGGCCUUGAGGCGGCGAGUGCGCGCAAAGCUCGAGGCGAAUUUGCGGUGGCAUGCACGACAACAGGCACAGCAGAGUGGGAGCAAGACACAGAUAGGGCGACCGUUGGGCAUGCGCGUACAAAACUACCUACUCCGAAACCUCGACACCAUUACAUCGCCAUCACCCGUGUACGCUCUCUCGUUGGCAACGUUUUACUUCUCCGGGAGCUACUACCACCUCUCAAAACGGAUAUGGGGGCUCCGGUACAUCUUCACGCGCCAGGUGACCGAGGGCGACAAUCGCGCAGGCUACGAAGUCCUGGGCGUAUUGCUAGUCCUACAGAUGGCUGUACAGGCUUACCUACACGUGCACAAUACUGUCACCUCUUCGACAGCGGCAGUGGGUGGCGGCCACCCGCAAGGCACGUCGGCCAUUGUCGGUGGCGGCGCAGAAGUGUCUCUGGAUCCCAAUGCUUACAGCGCCAACAACGCGCUACUAUUCGACGCAGCGUCGGCGGUGCCCAUAGCGGCGCCGUCCGACGUGCAAAAGUGGACACAGACACCAGCGUUGGACAAGGCAAGAUACGAGCUGGAGGGGGAGGAAACAAUGGGAUGGAUUGGCGGCGGCAAUCGGAAAUGUACGCUGUGCCUGGAAGAGAUGAAGGAUCCGAGUGUGACGACGUGUGGUCAUGUCUUCUGUUGGACGUGUAUCGGGGACUGGGCGCGGGAGAAGCCCGAAUGCCCGCUUUGUAGGCAGACGUGUCUAGUGCAGCAUGUGCUCCCGCUGAGGGGGUAG